AUGGUGAUGCCAUGGCUGGUAGGUGGUGAUUUCAAUGUAGUUAUGUAUGAAGGUGAGAAGAUUGGUGGACUACCAGUGCAUCCUCCUGAAUAUGAUGAUUUUGCAUUUUGUGUUAACUCAAGUGGACUAUUUGACCUAGGGUAUAAAGGCAGUCCUUUCACUUGGGGGAAUGGGAGCCCUAAUAUUGAAUGUAUAUUCAAAAGGCUAGACAAGAUCUUAGAGGUUGUGAGGCAGAACUGGGUGGCAGACUUCAUAGGAGAUCAUUUCCUUAUGUUUAAACAAAAGCUGAAGAAGAUGAAGAUUGCUUUGUCAACAUGGAGCAAGGUGACAUAUGGUGACAUUUCCAAGCAGCUAGCAACCAGGGAAGACAUAGUGAGGGUGAAAGCGAUGCUAUUUGAGGAGGAACCUACAAUGGAGAAUAGAAUUGUAUUGCAAAAGGCUCAAGCUGAAUUGAAAAAGUACCUUAGCAUUAAAGAACAAUAUUGGAAGCAAAAGGCUAGAAUGGCAUGGUUUACUGAAGGAGACAGGAACACUAGGUUUUUUCAUAAUCAUGUCAAUGGCAAGAGGCAUAAACUACAACUGAAAAGGAUUCAAAAUGCUGAUAGUGACUGGAUUGAAAACCAUAAAGAGAUGGCUACGACUGCUACUGAAUUUUAUGAAAAGCAGUUCUCACAAGAAGAGGAGCCUACUGAUUUCUCAAUGCUCUCAAAUGUUCCUGCUAUGGUGAUAGUCAACCAAAAUCUGGAGUUGAGCAGUUAUCCUACUAUUGAUGAAGUUAAACAAGCUGUUUUUACACUUAGUGGGGAUAGUGGUAGUGGUCCUGAUAGAUUCACUUGCAUGUUUUAUCAGGAAUGUUGGGACAUCAUUGGUCAGGAUAUUCACUUGAUGGUGUUGCACUUCUAUGGGGGAUUAGCUUUGUCUAAAUCUAUCACACAUACUAAUUUGGUGCUACUGCCAAAGAAGCCACAGGUUCAAACCUUCUCAAAUUUAAGGCCUAUAAGCUUGAGCAAUUUCAUCAACAAGGUGAUGUCUAGAGUACUUCAUGAUAGACUGGAACACUUCUUACCUACACUGAUUUCAUCCAAUCAAUCAGGCUUUGUGAAGGCUAGAAGUAUCUUUGAAAACAUCCUCCUAACACAAGAGAUAGUGACUGGCAUUAGAUUGAGAGCUAAACCUACAAAUAUGGUGAUUAAAUUGGAUAUGACCAAGGCAUAUGAUAUGACUGAUCCACUGAAUCACCUGGCCUAUACUGAUGAUGCCAUUAUAUUUGCAUCAACCCAUGCUGCAUCAUUGAAGAAGAUCAUGGAAGUUUUGAGUGGCUAUGAAAAGGUGUCUGGGCAGUUGAUCAACAAGACUAAUAGCUCGUAUUAUAUGUAUGCUAGGGUGGCUAAUUCAUUGGUACAUUCAUUGGAGGAUAUCACAGGCUUCUCAAAAGGUGCAUUUUCUUUCACAUACCUAGGAUGCCCUAUAUUUUAUACUAGAAGAAGAAAGGAUUAUUAUGAGGAUCUUAUUAAGAAGGUGGAGGCCAAAUUGCACUCAUGGAAGGGUUCUUCUGGAGUACAAAGGAGGAAGGAAGAAGCAUACAUUGGUCUUCAUGGAAGAAUUUGUGCUUACCAAAAGAAGAAGGAGGCUUAG